UUCGAAAUACAACACAUCACGGUGGUACUUUCCCACAUCACGCACAUCGUAUGCAAGAAGGGUCGGUGGUUUGGUUGGUUAGUUAGAAAAAGAAAGUGCUUAUUUUAUCAGAACAUUAGUAAACCAGUUUCUUUUGCUAAGCUACGCAUAGAAAAUAGGACUGUUUAUGGUGUUAGUCAAGACAAAGAGGAGCCAUGCAUCUGAGGUUGAGGGAAACACGCAAGUUUCAUCUCUCCGGAUUCGGCGAGUCAGAACGAGACCAACUUGUCAGAUAUGUUUUGGAUCUUAAGGCGCAAUAUUUAGAGUCAAGGGAUUAUCUGGCAGAAUGCACGCAUAUUGUUAGUCAACGACCAAUGAGGAGUGAGAAAUACUUAUGUGGUUGUGCUGCUGGAAAGUGGGUUUUGGUGAAGGAUUACAUUGUGAAGAGUCACAAAGUUGGUCGCUGGCUUGAAGAGUGUGAUUAUGAGUGGGGAAGCCCUGCUACAAAGCAUCUCAGUUAUUCUCUUGGGAUGAAUAGUCCAAGGCGUUGGCGUGAAUAUGUUGAACGGACAGGAAAACGUGCAUUCAGUGACUGGACUGUAGGAUUGAUUAUUGAGAAUAUAGAAAGACGACCUAAUGUCUAUAAGAGGUUGCUCCAGACAGGAGGAGCCAAGGUUGUUAGCAUGUCGACAGCCAAUACUGCAGAUCUAACACAUAUUCUUGUAGAUAAAGCCUACAGAAGCAAAAUCAAAACUUUUGCUAUGAAAGGUGUCAUCUGCGUAGUUCCGGAUUUUCUUGCUGAGGUCCUUUUUGAGGAAUCUCCAAAUGUUAGCAAGUAUCAUGUGUUAAGUGUCAACGUAACAUUGUCACCAGUUGUCAGUAUCAGUGACAUGAUAGGUUCGCAAUGCCCUUCUUCGUUGACAAACAGCACCUGCAGUUCUGCAUCAGUGGUUGUCAGUGCCUCUUCAUCAAAGAGUAUCUGUGAUCCAUUCACAAGGGCCAUGCAUGGUUGUGCAGCAAAGAACUCUGUUGGCUCUUCUACUAAGAGGAUGUCUGCUUCAUCAACCACCAACUCUGGAUCAUUAACAAGAUUUGCAAUUGCUUCCUGUACUAAAGUCGCCCAUGAUUUGUCUGCAACGAAAAUCACAGGGUUUCAAACCAUCACAUCGAGGUCAGCCGGUACAAGGUCAAGAUCUGUAAGGCAGUUAAGCAAUGACAGCAAAAACAUGAUUGCACAUAGUAAACUUUCUAGAAAGACUGCUUUAUCAGAUAUUGGGAAGCAGAAAGAGAUGAGAUCUCCAACAAGGUAUCUAAAUAGCACACCAGAGAAAAAGGCAGUGGCAAUCAAAAGGAAAUUGGUGUUCACAGAAAGUGAGGUGAAAGAGGCUUUGAAACAUGUUAAACGACAAAAGCUUGAAACACCAACAUAUUCAGUGAAUCCAUACAUGAUGCAGGCUUUACCAAAGCAAGGCAGUCAACUGACAUGUGCAGCGCCAUUCUAUAACUUAACAUCCAACAUCAUUGAAGGAGCUAUCGAGGAAGGCCUGUGGGAAGAGGCGGUACACAUGGCAAAGACUGAAACAUCAACUUUCCGUUACCCUCCACCCAGGGUGCUACACACAUUUAUGCAGGAAAUGCUAGUGACUGAAAGUAGUCCAUUAGCCCGUGACUUAUUUAGUGUGUUGACAAGAUGCCAGUGUCUUCACCCUCCAUCAGGCAUGCAUCUGCCUAUCAACAUUAUGUACUUGCAGUCCUUCUGUACAGAGGGGGUAAUGAAGAGUAAUGAGAAAAGCUCAGAAUUGUACUUCUGUUGUGACACUCCAUGGGACUUUAUGAAUUAUGUGAUUUGUGGAGCCAUUUCUGCAGGCCAGGAGUCAAAAGCAGUGGAAAGAGGUCAAUGUUUGUUACUUCUUCACUACUUGGUGGCACUGUUUGAACAAGACUUCAAGGCAUUUUGCGACAGGUGGCGGAACAAAGACAAAAUGAGGCAAGGAGUUGAAGAGACGAUGGUGGCAAAAGUACUGUGGCCAAGGGGACCUGUCAAGCCCACUGUUCCUUUUGUAAGGAAGCUGAUGGACUACUUAGUGCAGGCACUAGACAUGGUCACUGUUGACAAGGGUAGUGAGAGCCAGGCCUGCUAUGGCCAGGCCAGUGAUGAAAAGUCAUCAUGGAAGUGCCUUAGAUUACUCCAAGCUUUAUUUGGCAUGGCAGCAGAGUGUUGUAGGAUUGCUGAAUCCAAAGAACCAAAUGCUGUGUUGACAGGAAUCAGUGAGGAGGGGCUUGGCUCAGACCUGGUCAGAGAAAUGGUCUCAAGGUUGAAACAAAGUGGUAUGUUGAUCAACCAGAAGUGCGUUGAACUGUUUCUUGAUACAUUGACCUGUUCAUGGGUCAAGACCAUGUCUUUGGUCACAAUCCUGUCAACCUAUGACAGUGCUUUGGUGGCUAAUAGUAACAGCAAGAUGAAGGACCAAAAACUUUCUCUUGGAAAAAUUGUUACUUGGUAUUUCUACCUUCUACCAGAAUCUACCUCGCGCAUCAAUGCAGUACGUGCCCCAACAAAGACACCAGAUGUUCCAAAGGUACAAAUAAAAAGUGAAAGACCAUUGAAAGUAAACAAAAGGAAUGCGAAAGGUGAGACUGCUCUACAGACAGCCUGCAUCAAGGGAAAUCUUUCCAAAGUGAAAGAACUGUUGAAGGAACCCGGCAUUGAUGUGAACAGUCAGGACAAUGCAGGAUGGACUGCAAUGCAUGAGGCUUGCAACCAUGGGCAUGUAGCCUGUGUCAAGGAGCUAUUGCGAUUUAGACCCUUUAGGACUAUUAUGGACUACUUUGACAAGAGUAAAACCUCAUGGACUGGAUUAAAUUUACUUGCAGCGCCCUCUUGCGGUACAACUCCUUUGCAUGAUGCUGUUAUCAAUGGCAGAAUUGAAAUUGCAAGACUGCUGGUUCAGUCAAAGGGAAAGAAACUGCUUUCAGCUAUGAAUGUAGAUGGAUACACUCCUCUGGACUACGCUGUUACAACCGAGAUGAAAGCAGCAUUGUUGUCAUUUGACAAGGAGAACAAUGUUGAAGAAUCGCCAAGUAUGUCAAGUGUUGACAAGGUUCACAACAGCUCUAUGCCUGAUGACCAAACGUAUCGUGAAGUUCUCGGUCAGCCUCCAGUUUUGGUUGAUUCUACGAAAUGUGCAAUAUUUGCUACGUUGAUCCAACAUCUUCUGAUGGAUUACAUUAUACGCAAUGACCUGCAGAUACUGAGGCAAGAAGUAGAUUGUGCUCAAUCUAGAAUUCAUAAUGUCAAAGUACGCCCUCUAUCAUCUAAUGGGCAAACAUCCCAACCAGGCUCUGAUAUCCGGGCUAUACUGCCAGAAUGCGUGAAACAGUCCAAUGAGGAAAGAGUUCUGUGCGACUUGACUGUUUUUAGUCAACUGAAUGAUCAUCUCUCCAACUUCCAUAAGCACUUGAGCAAGAUAAGCAUAGGUACCAGUGCAUCAAUAUUGUUGAGGUUACAAAUGCUAGGCGGCUUUGUAGAUAAUAGUGCUGAUUUGUAGUUAUGCAUACUACUGGACUGUGCUAGCUAAUGCCUCCUGUCAUAACUAAACGUGUGGGCUGUGGAUUAUUGGGUGCUCAUAGGACUAGCAAAUGCCUCAGCAACGUGUACAAAAGUUGUAUAUUAGAAGUUUAAAGUACCAAAGAUGUAGCAGAGGGCAUUCUUUUAUGUCGCACUUGUGUAUAUAUAUAAUUUUAUAUUUCAUGUUAACGACAUUGAACAUUUUUUAAAACAUUGUAUGCUAAUAUGUUACGGAAAUAUUUAACGCUUAUACCUUGAUAUCUACUUUAGUUCAAACGUAAUAUAUCUGCAUGUUCAUUUAUCUUAUUACUGUAAUGGAUUAUAUACUAGUACAGUACAAGGCAAGAAGAAAUAUAAGCCAAGACGUUGAAAACUUAACUUUUUAUUGUUUUUCUCAGUCAUUUUCAUGUAUUUUGUUAGGAUCAUCAAACAGACGGUGCUACCAAUGCUAGAUCCCUAUACUGUAGUAUGCUCAAGUAAACCAACAAAAAUGAUAAAGUGUAAACUUCAGCAAACAUUACCUCCAAUGUAUGCUUCUUUGGUAGUCAAUGGUUCUAAAUUUUAAACAAAUAAAAAAUGAGAACCUACAUCAACAAGGUGCAGGUAAAUCACCUUACAUGUGCUAAAAGUGCCAUGGAAAUUCAGACAAACUAAAGGUGGGAUUGGAACAAAUAUAUGAAAACCCAGUUUGUAAAAGAUUGUCAAAAACCCUGUACAACAGAGAUGAUGGAAGAAACAGGCUGGUAUUCAACAUGCACAUGUGGCAUAUAUCUAAUGCACAGCACUAUAUCUAUCCACUAUAGUAUCACUAAAUUAUUAAAGCUACUGUUAAUGAAUAAGCAGCAAAAGCAU